AUAUUCAAAAUUUUGAGCGAAAUAUAUAAAUACGAUAAAAAUAUUAAACCGAACCGAUUAAAAACUUGAUUAAACUAGUGAAUGAGAUUCGGGUAGAAUGUGGGUGGUGGGGAGACUGGGCGGAUAUUUGCAAGUUUUGUGGGGGACACAUAAGUGUAAUGAUAAGCAAAAUGUGGCUAAAGUUGUACCAAUUACUGUGUUAAAUUCUUAUUUACAAUAUGACGGAUCAAGAACAAGAUUUAGAGAAUGUUCAAGGAUACAAAGAUGAUGAUAUCCUGCAACAGUUUCAAACCGCAGACGGUGGAACAAUUGUUCUUUCUUCGGAACAGAUUGCUCAGAUGCAGCAGGGGAUGGAGGAACAGCAGCACUACGUCGAGGAAAUAAUUGGUGGUGACCCAAACGUGGAAGUACAUCAUCGUGACGACGGCGAUCCCAAUAUGGAAGGGAUGGAAACUCAGCAAAUUCAUUUAGAUGCGGAUGGAAAUGCUCAUAUUGUUACCCAAGGUCAGAUUGGAGACCUAGUAACGUUCCACGCCGUAGGUGUAGAUUCGCAGGGGAACUAUGUCGGACAACAUGAGGCAGAGGAGGAGGAGGAAGAAGGAGAAGAAGAAGACGGCGAUGUUGGUGUCGAAUUGGACCAUGAUGAACAUGGAGGAAUAGAGCAAAUGAUGGAAGCUGAUAAUGUCGUAGAAGAAGUGAUUACACCAAAUAAUCAAGAAGAGGCUUAUCUUGGAGGUGACGGACUAGAAAUGGAAGUUGGGCAGGAUAUAAACCAACAAUUCAACCAAUAUCAAGUUUUUAAUCCUGAUACUGGAACCUUCAGUCAAGUUCAGGCACCCGUCGUACAACAACAGCAGCAGCAGAAAACGAUUCUGAGAAGACCAGUCCAAAAGGUUCAAACGCAACAACAAUUCAAGUACGUCAUAACUCAACCAUCAGCAGAUGGGCAGAAUCAACAAAUAGUUCUCGAUGCAAAUUCCUUGCAAGGAUUAAUACAGGGCGGCGCUUUCUCGCUGGAUGGUUCAGGUGGAAAGCAACUGAUUCUCUCUCAGCAACAUUCUCCUCCUAAACCAAAACAGAUAAUGCCGACGACACGAAGUCCUGCAAAGAUUCUCCCAGCCCCACUUCCCGUAGGUGACCAGCAACAGGCUGGCACAAAGAAGAUUGUUUAUAUGCAAGGAGGCAAUAUAAUGUCUACGGUACGGGGAGAUACCAAGUUCAUCACUACCGGAUCCGGAAAUCAAUUACAGUUUGUCCGCGUGAUUCAGAAAGGGACUGGAAAUAAAAUUCCGAUUGCACCAGCAACACUGAAACCUAGACCAGUUGCUCCAAAACCAGGACCCGGAACGUUUAUCCUACCAGCAGGAACUUCUGCCGCGGAUAUUGCUUCGAUUCAGAACACGACAGGGCUCGGAAAUGUUGUUGUCCUUCCCAAUUAUCUGUUGCAAAAAGAUCAGCAGUCUCUCAGACACUCGGACUCGGGAUCAAUUUUAACCGACUCCAAUUCUAUCAUGAGUGGAUUGGGAUCCAGUUUGGCAACGGCAGGAAAUUUAGACUCUUUCCGAUCACUAUUAGAACCUAAUGGGAUGAGGCCAAGAAAGCCUUGUAAUUGUACAAAGUCCCAGUGCCUCAAAUUAUAUUGUGACUGCUUCGCCAAUGGGGAAUUUUGUCAUUUAUGUAAUUGUACAAAUUGUUUUAAUAAUUUGAACCAUGAAGAAGACCGUCAAAAGGCAAUUAAACUUGUACUUGAAAGAAAUCCUGGCGCUUUCCGGCCGAAAAUAGGAAAGAGUUCCAUGACUGGAGAAGCACAUGAACGGCGACAUAAUAAGGGAUGUAAUUGCAGAAGAUCUGGCUGUUUAAAGAAUUACUGCGAGUGUUACGAAGCUAAAAUAUUUUGUUCGUCUAUCUGCAAAUGCACUGGGUGUAAAAACUGUAUAGAAAAUAUUCCCUCUGGCCUUCCCAAUGGAGUUGGUGUAGAACAACACUUUGCAGGGGCUGGAACGGCCCACAGACAAACGUUAAAAGAUCUCGCGGAAGCAGCAGAAGUUCGAGUACAACAACAAAACCAAGUAAAAAAUAAAAUGAGGGCACAGAUGCAGGAAGUUUCUCCUCAGAAUAAUCUCGGAAUCAUGGUUCCACCCAUUGUUUUUAGGUAUCCACAUGGGUCGAUAUCAUAUGAAGUUAUAACUUCCACGGUAGAAUUGCUCCUCGCAAAAGCUGAAGCUGGUGAAAAGCAAAAGUUAAAUCAAGGAGAGAUUGAAAGACUGGUUCUUGAUGAAUUCUCCGAGUGUCUUGCUUCCAUCAUGGAUUUGGGAACUUCGAUUGACAGACAUUGGCCAUAGGUGUGGUUUGCGACAAAUUUGAUACUGCGAGUAACUAAGUUUAGUAUUUUUUUAUCACUUUACAUGUUUUAUGACUCUCUUAUAAUAUCCUGUCCAUAUUAUGAUCAGAUCAACGUAAAAGUUGUUCAUACCUACACAUUAUUAUGAUUUUUUUAAAUUUAGCCGUUUCAUCUACUACCGUUAUCCGUUUUUCGAAGUUACAACCCCGUUAUUACCAUAUUCUUAAAAGAGGAAUUAAAAGAGUAACUUAUAAAAUAAGACAAAGACAUGAUAGUUUGAAUUGUAGAUUACCUGAUUAAUCUCACAAAAUGCAUAACAAUAAUGGUGGAGUUAUAAUCCCACAAUGUUUUUAAGAGUCCUUAAAGAAAGAGUUUAAAUAAAUUAUAAAUUAUUAUGGCCUGAAAAAUGCCCUAAUGUUACACAGGUUUAAAUAAGCCAAAUAAAGUUAUUCCGAAACAGUACA